AAAAACAUUAACAUUGUUCAUUUCAUCAAUAGCCAUAUAUCUUCUCUCUAACUCUUUCUCUCUAACUACUCUUUCUCUCUCUAGAUUUUCACGAAAGUCAACCUACAAUCUCCGGCUAGCGGCGGCAACAUUCCCACCGCUUUAACAGAAUCUCGAGAGGAUGGCCAUGGUAGAUGAGCCAUUGUACCCAAUAGCGGUGUUAAUUGAUGAACUUAAGAAUGAUGAUAUCCAAUUGAGGUUAAAUUCUAUUAGGAGGUUAUCAACUAUUGCACGCGCACUUGGUGAGGAAAGAACCAGGAAGGAGUUGAUUCCAUUUUUGAGUGAAAACAAUGACGACGAUGAUGAAGUGUUGCUUGCAAUGGCGGAAGAACUGGGUGUUUUUAUUCCUUAUGUUGGAGGCGUGGAGCAUGCUCAUGUUCUUCUCCCACCUCUAGAGACCCUUUGUACUGUUGAAGAGACCUGUGUGAGGGAUAAAGCCGUGGAGUCAUUGUGUAGAAUUGGAUCCCAGAUGAGGGAGAGUGAUUUGGUUGAUUGGUUCGUCCCUCUUGUGAAGAGGUUGGCAGCUGGUGAAUGGUUCACAGCUAGAGUUUCUGCAUGUGGGCUCUUUCAUAUUGCUUACUCUAGUGCCCCAGAGAUGUUGAAGGCAGAACUUCGGUCUAUUUACAGCCAAUUGUGUCAAGACGAUAUGCCUAUGGUGCGAAGGUCGGCUGCCUCAAACUUGGGGAAGUUUGCUGCUACAGUUGAAUCUGCCUACCUCAAGAGUGAUAUCAUGUCAAUAUUUGAUGAUCUUACUCAGGAUGAUCAGGAUUCUGUGCGCUUAUUAGCCGUUGAGGGAUGUGCUGCACUUGGGAAGCUACUGGAGCCCCAAGAUUGUGUGGCACAUAUCCUGCCUGUCAUUGUCAACUUCUCUCAGGACAAGUCAUGGCGCGUCCGAUACAUGGUUGCUAAUCAGUUGUACGAACUAUGUGAAGCUGUAGGGCCUGAGCCCACUAGGACGGAUUUGGUGCCUGCCUAUGUCCGUUUGCUUCGAGAUAAUGAAGCUGAAGUUCGCAUAGCUGCUGCAGGGAAAGUCACCAAAUUCUGUCGGAUUCUUAGUCCUGAGCUUGCUAUUCAGCAUAUUCUUCCCUGUGUGAAGGAAUUAUCAUCAGACUCUUCACAGCAUGUCAGAUCUGCUUUGGCUUCUGUUAUAAUGGGGAUGGCUCCUGUUUUGGGCAAGGAUGCAACCAUUGAACAUCUUCUUCCAAUAUUUCUAUCCCUUCUGAAGGACGAGUUUCCCGAUGUUCGCCUGAACAUCAUUAGCAAGCUUGAUCAAGUCAAUCAGGUGAUUGGAAUUGAUUUACUAUCCCAAUCUCUGUUGCCAGCUAUUGUUGAGUUGGCAGAGGACAGGCAUUGGCGAGUCCGUCUUGCAAUAAUAGAAUACAUUCCUCUAUUGGCAAGUCAGUUGGGAAUAGGAUUUUUUGAUGAUAAACUUGGCGCCCUUUGUAUGCAAUGGUUACAGGACAAGGUUUAUUCAAUCAGAGAUGCUGCUGCUAAUAACUUAAAGCGUCUUGCAGAAGAAUUUGGUCCAGAGUGGGCAAUGCAGCAUAUUAUUCCUCAGGUCUUGGAUAUGACUACCAGUCCACAUUAUUUGUACCGAAUGACUAUUCUUAGAGCAAUUUCAUUGCUUGCACCUGUAAUGGGCUCUGAGAUCACUUGCUCAAAGUUGCUGCCUGUGGUUGUUACUGCCACUAAGGAUAGAGUGCCCAACAUUAAAUUUAACGUGGCAAAGGUGUUGCAAUCCCUUAUACCUAUUGUUGACCACUCGGUGGUGGAGAAAACCAUUCGCCCCAGUUUAGUAGAGCUAGCUGAAGACCCUGAUGUCGAUGUUCGCUUUUAUGCCAAUCAAGCACUUCAGUCAAUCGAUAAUGUGAUGAUGUCAGGCUAGAGAAGCUAGUAGUACAAAUCUCUCUUCUAAUCCCUCUUUGGUAGUCUUGGAUAACGCUCUCACAUGGAGAAGCAAAAGGGAAAGAGGUACGAUGUAAAAUUCGCCGUAUUGAGCUUGGAAUCGUAUAUUGUUACUAAUUCUUUUGUAGGAUUUGGCAUUCAAAGAUGCUGCGACACUAAUGAAGACUCGAGUGUUUUUUCAUGUAAAGUUAAUGCCAUACUUUACUAUUUGGAUCUACUUAGCUCAAAUUGUAUUCGUUUUGUUCAUGUACUUUUGAUGUCUGAACUUGCAAUUUGAGCUAUGUUUUUCUAGCAGAUUUGCCUA